UCUAAUUGUCACAAAAAUGGAUCCAGCUCUCUUACAAGAACAAGAAUUAUUUAAACGAAAACUUUUGAAAAUACCUACUGUGAAAGAAAGGAAAACAGAAAUAAAAUCAGGACUGAAAAGAGAAUCUAAAGAUCGCAAGAGAAGCAACACGAAUAGCACAGCCACACAAGACCUAAAUGCAUAUAAAAGCGCAUCUGGAAGUUCACAGUAUAGAUUUGGUGUUCUCACAAAAAUCGUUAAACAUAUGAAAACGAGACAUCUCGAAGGAGAGACUCAUCCAUUGUCGUUGGAAGAAAUAUUAGAUGAAACCAAUCAAUUAGAUGUGGGAAAUAAGCUGAAGCAGUGGUUGGCCACCGAGGCAUUAACAGAUAAUCCUAAAAUUGAAGUGUCAUUUGAUGGGAAAUUUCAAUUUAAACCUUUAUACAAACUUAAAGAUAGAAAGAGUUUGUUGAAGUUAUUGAAACAGCAGGAUUUGAAGGGAUUGGGAGGGAUUCUUUUAGAUGACGUACAAGAGUCACUGCCUCAGUGCGAGAAAGCAUUAAAGAUGUUGCAAAACCAAAAUGAAAUAUUCUUAAUCAACAGACCAAUUGAUAAAAAGAAUGUUUUAUUUUAUAACGACCGAACUGCAAAUUUGUAUAUAGAUGAAGAUUUUCAAAAACUGUGGAGAUCUGUUGCAGUGGAUGCGAUGGACGAUGAAAAAAUUAAUGAGUAUUUAGAAAAACAGGGGAUCUGUUCGGUAAAGAAUUACUGCCCUAAAAAACUGGUGACACCUAAAAGAAAGAAAGCGGUUCAAAGGAAAAGGAAAUAUAGGAAACCGAGAGACAACGAGCAUUUGGCGAACGUCCUGGAAACUUAUGAGGAUAUGCAGUGAAGCAAAGUAAUUUGU